CUGAACAGAUCGUCCACGGACUGCACACCAGCAGAUGACAACAACAAAACAGUCAGGGCACCGAGAGGGUGUUAGCGUAGUGAGCUACUUCAGAUAAACAAGUGGUGGACAAGCUCUUGUGUGACCCAAUGACGGCUUGAGCUUUCACUAUUUCAGAUUUAAUGGAAUAUGCUUAAUGAAGACUGCGUAUGUUUCGAAAUGCUUCCUGACUGUGUUAGUGUAGUUUACAUUGGCUAAGUGGCUUCCAAGCUACCUCUAUGUAUGCCAAGUUAAAACGGGUUAGCUAGCUAGCCUAUCUGCUAGCUUGUUAGCUAGCCAACUCGCCUAGCACAAGACCAAGAAAAGGGAGAUGCGAGCGAGUGAGGGGGAGUGGUGCCUGACUAAAUGAACAAGAUAAGAAAGUUCGCAAAACUCCAGGAGAUUCAUCAUGAAGUUGUAUGUGUUCCAGGUUAACAAUGGCAGCACAUUGACAUUUGACACCGAUCUUGCUGUCCAGACUGUGCUGGAGCUUAAAAAUGCCAUCCAAGCCAAAUAUAAGAUUGCAAUUCAGCAUCAAGUCCUUGUUGUAAAUGGAGGAGAAUGUAUGGCUGCAGACAGGCGAGUCUGCAGCUACAGUGCUGGCACCGAAACCAACCCCAUCUUUCUGUUCAACAAAGAGAUGAUCUUGUCUGACCGGGAUCCAACAAUCCCCAAAACCACCUUCUCGAUUGAAAGCGAGAUCCAGGUUAAAGUUGAAGAGUCCUUACUGAUGCCAGCUGUCUUUCACACCGUUGCCUCACGAACGCAGCUUGCUCUGGAAAUGUUUGAAGUUGCCAACAAACUUUGCUCCUUCUGUGAACGUUUGGUUCAUGAUGAACAUCUCCAACAUCAAGGCUGGGCUGCCAUUAUGGCCAAUCUGGACGACUGCACUCUGUCUUAUCAGAAGUUACUCAUGAAAUUCAACACAGCAUACUCAAGUUAUCAACAUGACCUGGAGGAAAUUAAAACCAAGCUUUCAAAGUUAGGAACAGCAGUUUCUGUAAUGGCCAGGAUACCUCUGCUGGAGUGUUUGACAAGACACAGUUACAGAGAGAGCAUGGAGAAGUCCAGUUCAACUCCAGAAAAGGAUUCAGACGACACAGAGGAAGAAAGGUCUUCGGACUCUGUGCUUGGCACAGCUCAAACGCCAAUGCCCUCCAAGAUGUCCUCCUCUAUGUCUGCUUCGGGAACAGCCACAUGUGAGGCCGAUGGAGACCAGGAAACGAAUGAAAUGACCGACAGUGGUGGGCUGAGAGCUGCGCUAUUAGACGAUGACACUCCAGAUCUCACCAUCCCGUCCGCAUUCAAUGUUACACUAUUAGACUGGAUCAACGUACAAGACAGACCUAAUGACGUGGAAUCUGUAGUGAGGAAGUGCUUUGAUUCUAUCAACAGGCUUGAUUCACGGAUCAUUCAACCCUUCCUGGCAGAAUGUCGUGACACGAUUGCAAAGCUAGAUAAUCAAAACAUGAAGGCCAUUAAAGGGCUUGAAGACAGGUUGUAUGCUCUAGAUCAAAUGAUUGCAAGCUGUAAGAAGCUGGUGAAUGAGCAGAAAGAGCUUGCUCAGGGAUUUUUGGCCAAUCAGACACGAGCAGAAAAAUUAAAGGACACAUCUGUUUUACCCGACUUGUGUCUGAGUCACACCAACCAGCUGAUGAUCAUGCUGAACAACCACAGGAAGCUGCUAGACAUUAAAAAGAAGUGCACCACUGCCAAACAAGAACUGGCAAACAACCUUCAAGUCAGACUCAAAUGGUGCUGCUACGUGAUGCUUCAUGCAGAUCAAGAUGCAGAGAAGCUCCAGGCUCUUUUCAGACUGUUGACUGAGCUGAUGGAAAGAGUGAGGGUGGUUGAGGCCCUCAGUACUGUGCCCCAGAUGUACUGCUUGGCCGUCGUGGAAGUUGUCAGGAGAAAAAUGUUUAUGCGCCACUAUCGAGAGUGGGCCAACGCACUUGUGAAGGAUGGGAAACAGCUGUACGAAGCAGAGAAGUUCAAAAGGGAAUCAUUUGGGAAGCUUUUUAGGAAGUCUUUCCUCCGAAAUCGGUUGUUCAGAGGACUUGAUUCAUGGCCUCCGACAUCAUUUUGUACACGAAAGCCCCGAAGGUUUGAUGAUGAACUUCCAGACAUCUCCCUUGAUGACCUGCAGUACUUGAAAUCCUGUUGUCCUUUAGAGGUGCAGCCUUUCCUCAUGGUCCCCACCAUGUGUGACUUUGAGCCCUUGAAUCACCAUGUACAUACACUUCAUCAGCUGGUCCAGGCUGCAAAAAGCGUCGAUGAAAUGUCUCAAACUAUUACUGACCUACUAAGUGAACAAAGGGCGUCUUGUUGUCAUAGUGCCCAGAGAUCAGCUGCAAUGACUCCACAGUCUGAGAGCCCGCUUGGCACCACAACACACUUGUCCUCCAAAACUCCCCCUUCACUCAGCCUUCAGGGACCUAGCUGCCAGCCGCUACUCGUACCUGUCCCUGCUCCUUUAGAGGAUCUAUCACCAGACAGUAUUGAUGCACAAACAUUUGACUUUGAAACCAUUGGCCAUCCGAACAUGGAUCCAGUCCUGCACCAGGGAUCUCUUGACUUAGAUUCUUUAGCAGAGAGCCCUGAAUCUGACUUCAUGUCAGCUGUCAAUGAAUUUGUAAUUGAGGAGAACUUGACAUCUCCGAAUCCCAUCAGCGAUCCGGCUAGCCCCGAAAUGAUGGUUGAGUCGCUGUACUCCUCAGUCAUUAAUGCUAUCGACAACAAGCGAAUGCAAGACACCACAAUACUAGAGCGGGAAAACCUAAGGAUCACUGAAUUCAGAAAAGUUGCUGAGAAGUACCGAUGUGCUGCAGAGGAGUCCCAUUCCAACUUAAAGAGUGUAAAAGAUGACCUCUGUCACUUUAGAAGUCUUGUUUUAAAAGAACUACGUGACUUUGGUUUGGGUUUGUGCAGUAUUUCCACAGAGGUCCACAAUGCUGUGGAAAACAUCUGCCAGACCCGUGAAAUGGAGUGGAGGGAGCAGCAUCAAAGCAAACUUCUUGCUCUUCAACAAGACCUUGAGAAGCAGAUCCACACACUUACAGAGGAAAACCAAGUAAACCAGAAUAUUGUAAGAGAUGUCCAGCGUGCAAUGCUGGAGCUGGAGGGACUUCUGGAGCGCAAAGAGAAGGAACUCACUCAGCUCGAGAAUGAGAGGGAGCGCUGGGCUGAAAAAGCCCGUGGGCAGACUGACAGGAUUCAAAACCUUGAACAGAAUCUAGGUGAUCAAGACGAAGAGAUCAAGACGCUCUUAACCUCUAAAGAGUCUCUGACCAGUCAGCUGGAAAACCUUCACUUUGAGAUUGAACGCAAUCAGCAGAAGAUCCGUCAGGAGCUGGAAGCCGUGGCUCAGGGUCAUUUAAAGGAGUUGGAGGAUAGAAUGAACCAGGAGCACAAAAAAGAAUUGGAUUCCCUAAACCAGAGCAACCAGCAGGCCCGCGAGCAUCUCACUAUUGAAAAUACUUCAAAGUUAACUGAGGCCGCCGAUCAACAUGCCGCUGCUAUUAAAGAGAAAGACAUUCAAAUCAAGGAUUUGGAAGCUCGACUCUCUGAGCUCUCAGAACUCCGCUGCAGAGUAGAGGUGGAACUAGCCCUCAAAGAGUCAGAGACAGAAGAGGUGAGGAUUCUGUUUGAGGAGGCCAAACUACAGCAGGCAGAAGCUGUGAAGACCCAAGUGGAGACUGAGACCAAAGCCCUUAAAGAAGAGCUAACACAUGUCAAAACGCAGCUCCAAGCGAAAAACGAGGAGUAUGAAGUGGACCUAGCGGAGCUGAGAACGCUCAUGAGGAUCGAGAAGGACCACUGCAUCUCCGAGCUGGUCGACAGGCACGAGGAGGAGACGCUCAUGCUGCACGGCAAGCUCUCUGCCUUGGAACAGAAAGUCCAGGAUGCAGAGAGGAUCCACGCAGAGGAGCAGCAGAAACUUCAGGAGUUACAUCAGCAAGCAGCUACUCUGACUGAAGAAAAAGAACAGCAGUUAACGAGAACCCAAGAGCUAGAGCAGGAGCUGAGGACUGUUAUCAGCCAUUUGGAAGGAGAAAAUGUUCGUUUGACUACAAAACUAGAGCAGGACCGACAGGCAGUUCAGGAAGGCCUAGAAAAAGAAGCGGCCUCAGCACAGGAGGCCUUUAAAGAGUUAGAACAGCAGAAAGAUGAGAUGGAGAAAAAGCUUUUAGACAGAAUCAGACAGCUUGAGAAAGAGCUUCAUGAGAAAGAAUCCACUAGAAGGGAUGAAGGGCUGUCACUCCAUGCUGAGGGCCACACAGAUGCCGGAGCACCCCUCUCUCUUGACUCGGCUUUACAGGAGCGCCUCCAGCAGGAGCGGGCCUCCCUGCAGACCCAGAUUGAGCUCCUGGAGCGGCAGAAGAAUGAAGAGAUCCAGAACCUCAAGACGUCAUUAAUUGCUGAGCAGCAGACAAAUUUCAACACUGUCCUGACCCGAGAGAAGCUGAAGAAGGAGCAGAUCAUCAAUGACCUGACAGAGAAGUUACGGAAAGUGACUCAGCAGCAGGAAAAGGACAAAGCUCUGAUCGAGAAUCUGUCCGAGGACCGGGCCAGUGUGAUGCAGGAGAAGAAACACUUGGAGGAAGAGCUCAACCGUCUGCGGAACACUUCCUUGGUGUCCUCAUCCUACUUUACCACUCCCAGCUCUGGCCCAGAGGUUCCAGAGGCUGCAGCGGCCAGCGCUCUGCCCGUGGCCGGGGCCUGUUCCUCCGACACCCUGCCCGAAGCCGACCGACUGGCCUCCGUGGCCGCCAUCCGAGAUGACGAAAAUGUUGAUUCAGCAGUGGAGGCCAGCAUGGUGACCGUCCAUGAUGCUCUAAUGUCAGAGGAGAAACAACGGAUAAUCUUGCUUGAAAGGACUUUGCACAUGAAAGAAGAAGAAAACAAGCGCCUCAGUCAAAGAUUGAUGUCUCAGAGCAUGUCAUCUGUGUCAUCACGGCAUUCAGACAAAAUCGCCAUCAGAGAUUUCCAGGUAGGCGAUUUGGUUCUCAUCAUCCUGGAUGAAAGGCAUGACAACUAUGUGCUGUUCACAGUUGGCCCCACUCUUUAUUUCCUCCACUCGGAGUCUCUUACUGCACUGGACCUCAAACCAGCAUCAGGGACCUCAAGACGGCCAUGGGUGCUUGGAAAGGUGAUGGAGAAGGAAUAUUGCCAGGCAAAAAAGGCCCAGAACAGGUUCAAGGUUCCUUUAGGAACGAAGUUCUACAGAGUGAAAGCUGUUCCGUGGAACAGAAAAGUAUAAUGGCCAAGUAAUGAGCUAAAAUGUAUAUUUAUAUGGUUUGAUUUUUCAACGGAAACUUCACAGCAUAAUUCAUAACUUGAAAAUUGAAAGAUAAAUGGAAAGAAUUAAGAUCAGCAUCAUACCAUUUUGCGUUUCAGUUCAAAAUCCCACCUGUUAUUCCAUUUUUCUUUUCUUUUAAACCCAGAUUUGUUAUUGUGGACCAAACGCUAACAUUAACUCUAUACGGGCAAUGUCCUAUACACUGUGGCACUACGCCCUUUGACCUGUGUGUGACAUUGAACAAAAUUUGGAUGUUAUAUAUUAGUUCUCAUCAACAUUUGUCCUUUUGUGGAAAAUACAGUCAUCAUUAACAUAAUUAAAUAAAGAAUAUACAUUUAUAAUAAAUGUUUAUGGAGGAAUGUUCAUGGCAUGCAUAUUGAAAUAUUUUCUUUGAUUUACUUAUCAGAUAAAUGUCGUAGUUGGAAAUGUAGUUAAUGCUGUUUGUUACUCACAAAGCAGUUUGGCCCUCUGUCGAUACUGAACUGUACAUUUACGACUGAAGUAAACAGUCAUCUUUGCAAUCCUUGAAAUGCACUUUGAAAAACAAUGCUUUUGUUGAUUUGAAAAGGGAAGUUAAUUGAGCUGUCAGAACUAAGUAAAUAUAUCAGCACAAACUUCUCGUUAUCAUAGAAUAUUGAUAUGUAGAAAGGAAAACGUUGUGACCGUGUUUCAUUAUCGGAAGACAUUGUAUAUUACUCAUAAAAUCACAUGUAACAAUAAAUGACUGUAUUGUAAAAGAUAGAGUUUUGAAACAAUAAAGGACUGAUCCCAAAUGUA